AAUUACAGGUGUCACAUUUUUAUUACAUCAUUCAAUUUUUAUUUGUAUUAAUUAAUCUUCUACAUCUACCUUUAUUUAGAUUUGUCCUCUCUAUUUGGAUGUUUGAAUAGUCUCUACUUAGACACUAAUCUAGUUUGAGAUCUAAAAUUAUCUCCUCUUUUCUAUCCAUUAGAACUAUUAUUAGUCAUUUCUUUCAUGUAUAUAUACACCUUCAAUGAGUUUCUCCUCUUUCACAACCUUCUUUUUUCUUUUAAUUUUGUAAAAACAUCUACCAUUAAAAUAAAAAUAAAGGCAAAAUGCCGGCUGUUGUAGUGUCAAGUGGUGGGGACAAGCAGUUUGAGGGAAAGAUCACUGUUUACGUAGUGAUUUGUGGGAUAAUUGCGGCCACGGGAGGCCUCAUGUUUGGCUACGACAUUGGGAUUUCGGGAGGAGUGACAUCCAUGGAUGACUUCUUGGAGAGAUUCUUUCCUAAAGUUUUUGAGAGGAAGCACAUGGCCAAAGAAAACAACUAUUGCAAGUUUGAUAAUCAAAAUCUGCAGUUGUUCACUUCAUCUCUCUACCUCGCUGCGUUGGUAUCUAGCUUUAUAGCUUCUAAAGUGUGCACCAAAUGUGGAAGAAAGAUCACGAUGCAAGCUGCAUCCAUCUUCUUCUUACUCGGAGUCAUCUUUGAUGCAUUCGCUUUAAAUAUCGCCAUGUUGAUCAUAGGAAGAAUUCUUCUGGGAGUGGGCGUAGGAUUUGCCAAUCAAGCGGUGCCAUUGUUCUUGUCGGAGAUUGCUCCAGUGCACCUUCGAGGAGCGCUGAACAUCCUCUUCCAGCUUGAUGUCACCAUCGGCAUCUUCGUGGCCAACAUCGUGAACUACUUCGUCGCGAACAUCCACCCAUGGGGGUGGAGGCUGGCGCUCGGCCUCGCUGGAGUGCCGGCGAUCAUGCUCUGCUUUGGCUCCUUCAUCAUCGCCGAAACGCCGACGAGCUUGAUCGAGCGCGAGAUGUUAACGGAGGGCCUCGCCAUGCUGAAGAAGAUUCGCGGCGUUGACAAUGUGCAAGCGGAGUACGAGGAGUUGCUGCACGCGAGCGAGAUGGCACGACAGGUGGAGAAUCCCUUCAAGAACCUCAUGAAGCGAUCGAGUCGGCCGCAGUUAGUGAUCGCCAUCUCCAUGCAAAUCUUCCAACAGUUCACGGGAAUCAACGCCAUCAUGUUCUAUGCUCCGGUUCUCUUCCAAACCAUGGGGUUCAAGAAUGAUGCCUCCUUGCUCUCCGCCGUCAUAACAGGGAUCGUUAAUGUUCUCUCCACCAUCGUCUCUGUGGUCCUGGUGGACAAAGCCGGCAGGAGGUUUCUUCUUUUAGAAGCUUGUGUUCAGAUGUUCAUCACACAGGUGGCCAUCGGAGGCAUUCUUCUUGUGAACCUCAAGUCCACUAAUGAGAUCGAUCACACUCUUGCAACUUGGGUGGUGGUUCUCGUAUGCCUCUACGUGGCCAGCUUUGCCUGGUCAUGGGGGCCGUUGGGAUGGCUCAUUCCUAGCGAAAUCUUUCCCCUCUCCACUAGGACAGCUGGAUUUGCCUUCGCUGUUAGCUCUAACAUGUUUUUCACUUUCGUCAUUGCCCAAGCUUUCCUCUCCAUGAUGUGUCAUAUGCGCGCGGGGAUCUUCUUCUUUUUCGGUGCUUGGAUCGUGGUCAUGGGAUUGUUCGUCAUCUUUUUACUGCCCGAGACGAAGAACAUUCCUAUCGAUGAAAUGACCGAGGUGUGGAAGCAACAUUGGUUUUGGAAAAGAUUUAUGGAUGAAGAUACCAAGGACGAGAAAGCUAAAAACUGAUGUUCGACUAACACCCAACGCCUGAGUGUAUACGGAAAAUUAUACCUGACCUGAUUAAUCAAUUUUUUGUAUACAGAAAAAUACCUUAAAAAUUUUCUUCUGAUUAUAUAUCGAACACAUUAUCUUUAAAA